UUUAGAUUCGCAACAAAUUAGGGUUUCGUUCUGUUUCGUUCUGUUUCGUGAAAGCUUAAUAUUCUCUCCGACAAUGAUUUACGACGUUAACUCCCCACUCUUCCGCUCCUUCCUCAGCCAGAAAGGAGGCCCUUCCGACAAGAGGAAAACGGAAGAGCAGAAGCCAAAAGAACAGAGACCAAAAGCCAGUGAGAACAAGCCCGUUAUGAAUGAAUGAGAAUAAAGUUGGAGUGAGUUGUUUUGUUUUGGAAUUGUUCGAUAUUAUGGACAAGCUUUGAAUUGCAUCCAAACCCUAAAUCCUUUAAAAUUGUACCAACCUUUUUAAGGUAAACUGCAUAUGAAUAUCAUGUUGAGUGCCGUGGGAUAAUCUCUCCUCUUAUUUCUUUGUAGGGAUAUAUUGCUUUAUUA